ACAUUGAGAACUGAGCUACUGCUGAAGGUGAUUCCGACAUGGAAAUAACAGCAUUGGCAACCCUGGUCCUCAUUUUGCUUCUCUCUUUUAUGUUUAUUUAUUCAACAUGGGAUAAAAUGUAUAGGAAUCGCAAUUUGCCCCCUGGACCAACCCCCCUGCCAGUGAUUGGGAACUUGCUGCAUGUAAAGAGAGGAGAAAUGGUAAAGUCCUUGAAUCAGCUAAAAGAGAAAUACGGGUCAAUAUAUACUCUGUAUUUUGGCUCACGCCCAGCAGUAAUCCUCUGCAGCUACCAAAUGGUGAAAGAGGUUCUUAUUGACCAUGCAGAUGAAUUCAGCAACCGUGGCCAUAUGCCGACAGUGGACAGAUUCUUCAAUGCACAUGGGCCGAUCCUGAGCAAUGGAGAACGAUGGAAACAACUACGUCGAUUCACAUUGAUGACACUGAGGAAUUUUGGGAUGGGAAAAAGAAGCAUUGAAGAGAGAAUACAAGAAGAAGCUCAUUUUUUAAUAGAGGAGCUCAGGAACCAGAAACAAUCACCGAUAAAUCCCACCAAUCGCCUGGUCCAGUCUGUGUCCAAUGUCAUCUGCUCUGUAGUGUUUGGAAGCAGGUUUGAGUAUGAAGAUAUGAAGUUUCUGAGACUUCUCAGUAUGUUCAAUGAAACAUUCCAGCUCAUGGGCUCCACCUGGGGACAGCUGCAUGACAUGAUUCCUGAGAUAAUGGACUAUGUUCCUGGACCCCACCAAAGAAUAAACAAUUUACUGCAAAAUCUAUUAGACUUUGUGUCUGAGAGAGUAAAGAUCAAUCAGGAAACCUUGGACCCCUCAGACCCCCGGGAUUACAUAGACUGCUUUCUUAUCAAGAUGAAUCAGGAAAGGCAAAAUCCAUCUUCAGAAUUUAACAUAAAGAGCCUGUUGUUGACCGUCCUUCAGCUGUUUUUUGCAGGAACAGAAACAGUGUCUAGCACCCUCCGUCACGGUCUUCUUAUCCUUGUUCACUACCAUGAGAUACAAGACAAACUGCAUCGAGAGAUUGAUGAAGUAAUUGGAGUGAACCGAAGACCUAACAUUGAGGACCGAAGCAAAAUGCCUUACAUGGAUGCCGUAAUUCAUGAGAUUCAGAGAUUCAGUGAUGUUCUGCCACUCAAUCUUCCACAUGCUUCGCAACAAGAUACUAAAAUUAAUGGCUAUACCAUACCAAAGGGUACUGAUAUAUAUCCAAUGCUCUUCUGUGCUCUGAGAGAUCCCAGCCAUUUUAAGACUCCACAUUCGUUCAACCCUGGGCAUUUCCUGGAUGAGAAUGGCAGCUUCAAAAAACAGGACGCCUUCAUUCCAUUUUCCACAGGUAAACGGGUCUGUGCUGGCGAGGGGCUGGCUAAGAUGGAGCUCUUCCUGUUUUUCACCACCAUCUUGCAGAACUUCAAGUUGACCUCAAAGAUGAAAUUUACUGAAGCCGACAUCAGUCCAAAGAUGACCGGAUUCUCCAACAUUCCAAUUCCUUACGAGCUCUCGUUUGUCCCUCGUUAAUUGAGCACAUGGAGAAUUUACACACGGACAGCCUCGUUAUACAAGCUGCUUAAGAUUAUUAUCCUUAUAUUUUGUGUUGUAAAAAUAUUAUAUGCAGUUUAACCGGAAAAUUUUACCCCCUUCCUGACCAGAGCAUUUUUACAAUUUGGCACUGCGUCGCAUUAACUGACAAUUGCGUGAUUG